AUGUCUGACGAACCCGAUAUGGCUGAGAUUGAGAAAUCUGAUAAGUCAGAACUGAAGAAAACAGAAACACGGGAGAAAAAUCCACUGCCUUCAAAAGAAACGAUUGAACAGGGGAAGCAAGCAGGUGGAUCGGGAGCCAUGAAGAUGAAUUAA